AUUGAACAUGCUUUUGCUAUAAAUUUGGUUCCUGAGACUCGCUAGGUUUGCCGAACCAACCUCUCUUAGGCACCUUCUUAAGAGCUUACUACCACCAAAAACACCUUCUUCUCUCUUCUUCUUCUCCUUCCUCUUGAGACUUUUUAUUCUGUUUUCGAUUUGACUUUCACAAAAGAGAAAAAAAAAAUAUGGUGAUUACUUCGUCACGAACCAAGUCAAACGGGCCGGUGCUUCGUUCACAAUCACCGUCAGGUCGAUUUUGCGGUGGUUACUCUAGAGCCGUUCCGUCGUCUUCUUCCUCGGCGUUCGCUUCUUCUACGAGUUCUAGCUUCUCAUCUCCGUCGACAGCUUUUUUCAGCAAUCACCGUCAUCAUCACGACAACAACCACAGUCACCACCGAUCUGCUUCGCCGACUCGUGUGAAUCUCUACACAGCUCAGCCGAUGUCUCAGUCGUUUCGUUAUUCUCUCGACAGCAGAUCUAUAUCCCCGACUAACCGCUCGAUCUCCGUUACGAAGAAUCAGCCACCGAAGAUCUCAGAGACGAGGAGGCGGUGUAUGUGUUCUCCGACGACUCAUCCCGGAUCUUUCAGAUGUAGUCUGCACAAGAACGUGGCGAAUCCACACGGACAAGGCACAGCUUCGUAUACGACGAACGGAUUGAAUAUGCGCCGAUCUGCGAUGACUAAUUCGCUGGUGAGAAUCGGUGGUGUUGAAGGAGAGUGGGUGAGAAGAGCUUUGACGACUUUGAUUCGACCUUCUUCGCAUCAUUUGAAAAGACGAGCUGCGUAUCAGCCUCGUCCGAGUCGGCUCUCAAUCAUGGCGAAAGCUGAUGAGAAUCGAUUUUGAUCUGGAUUUUGGGAUUUUUCCAGAUUUUUCAGGUUCGUAUGUUUUGUUCUUCUCUCUGAAAAAAAAAAAAACCCCACAGGGAUUUUAGUAGAUCCGGCGAAGAGGUCUUUCUUUGUUCUGAAGCUAUCGGAGAUUCGAAUCUGGGCCGGAGAAGUCAGAAAAGUAGGGCGAGAUCUGGCCGAUGGAGAAGAGUCUCGCAUCAUUUUGUAAACGAAGAAAGAAAGAAACACACACCAAUCAUAAUUUUUUUUGUUGUUGUUGGGUGAAGAAGAUGCGAUAAUGCAUUGUACAUACUUCUCAUUUUACUGUUUUUUUUUUCUUUGUUGGUCUC